GUAUGCAUGUAAAUUUUCCAUCUUCUUUCUACGCUCCCACGAGCUCUGACUGGUUCUCUAUCGAAUAGCAUUUCUUAUCUAGGGUUUCAGCUCUUCGAAUUUUUGCUUUGUUCUCCGUCCAGAACUUGUUUCGUCGGCGAAAAAUGUCGGGUUCGCUGGAUCGUCUUGCCAGGCCAUGUUUCGAGGGAAGUUUUGGUCAUGAUGGAAGAAAAGAGCGGAAGUCUGAUUUUGAGAAUUCGGGAGAUGAUAGGAGGACGAGGAUCGGAUCUUUGAAGAAAAAGGCAAUAAAUGCGUCAACUAAAUUCCGACACUCUCUGAGGAAAAAAAGCAGCAAGAAAAGAAAUGAAAGCAGAGUUCUAUCUGUUUCUAUUGAAGAUGUGAGGGACAUUGAGGAGCUACAAGCUGUUGAUGCAUUUCGUCAAUCCUUAAUCAUGGAUGAGCUCUUACCCACAAAGCUUGAUGAUUAUCACAUGAUGUUGAGAUUUCUUAAAGCAAGGAAGUUUGAUAUUGAAAAAGCAAAGCACAUGUGGGCUGAUAUGAUCAAGUGGAGAAAGGAAUUUGGUGUUGACAGUCUUACUGAGGAUUUUGAGUAUGCUGAGUUAGAUCAAGUUCUAAAGUACUAUCCACAUGGUUAUCAUGGUGUGGAUAAGGAGGGAAGACCUGUUUACAUUGAAAGGCUUGGAAAAGUUGAUCCCAAUAAACUCAUGCAAGUGACGACCAUGGAACGAUAUAUAAAAUAUCAUGUGAAGGAGUUUGAGAGUUGUAUCCAGGUCAAGUUUCCUGCAUGUUCGAUUGCUGCCAAAAGGCACAUAGACUCAAGUAUGACAAUCCUAGAUGUUCAAGGAGUGGGUUUUAAGAAUUUUACGAAGAAUGCUCGUGAAUUAAUUAUGCGGUUACAAAAAAUUGAUGGGGACAACUACCCUGAGACUCUGCAUCAAAUGUUCAUCAUCAAUGCUGGUCCCGGUUUCAAACUACUUUGGAACAGUGUGAAAUCAUUCCUUGAUCCAAAAACUUCAUCAAAAAUUCAUGUGCUUGGAACCAAGUAUCAGACUAAGCUUCUUGAAAUAAUUGAUUCUUGUGAAUUGCCAGAAUUUCUCGGCGGUUGCUGUACGUGUGCUGAUCAAGGUGGAUGCAUGAAGUCCGAUAAGGGCCCAUGGAAAGAUCCUCAUAUUUUGAAGAUGGUCCUUAGUGGUGAAGUGCACUGUGCGAGGCAGAUUGUUACCGUCUCCAACAAUGAGGGGAAAAUCAUUGCUUAUGCCAAACCACAUUAUCCUAGAAUAAAAGGUAGUGAUACAUCUACAGCAGAGUCCGGGUCAGAGGCGGAAUACGUAAAUUCUCCAAAAAUAGCUAUGAGCUACGUUUCUAACCAUCAGUUGGCACCUCUGCGUGAAGAGGCCAAGGUUAUCCACAUAGCAAACCCAUCUGCCAUAUCAUCAGACAUGGAUGAUUGUGUUCCUAUUGUUGACAAGACAGUAGAUGCUGGAUGGAGGAGCAAUGCUUUUAAUAAACAAAAAAUCUGCUAUCCAAAAGAUGUUCUUCCUCCAGCUCACUUCUGGAAGACUGAUGGAAUGAGAGAUCGAUUCGUGGCCAUGAUCAUGGCUUUAAUUAUGGCAGUCUUCACUGUGGUUCGCUCAUUGGCUACCAGUGUGACUACGAAGCUUCCAGAGAGUUCUUCAGUAUAUCAUUACAGCUUUUCUCCUUUUACACCAGAUAAUAUUCCAGAAGAGGAAUUAAGCCCUCCUUCCCCAAUUCCCGAGUUCACGGAAGCAGACCUUCUUUCUUCUGUUACAAGAAGGCUUGGAGAACUUGAAGUAAAGGUUGACACACUUCAGACGAAGCGAGUUGAGAUGCCUUAUGAGAAAGAGGAGUUACUUGAUGCUGCUGUGCGCCGUGUAGAUGCUUUAGAAGCGGAGCUUAUUGCUACUAAGAAGGCUUUGCAUGAAGCUUUAAUGAGGCAAGACGAGCUGCUUGCAUACGUUGAUCAGCAACGAGAGGCUAAAUUCAGGAAGAAGAGAUUCUGUUUCUAAAGAGCUUGCAGAGGAGCAGGAUGUUUUUUAUGGCUUUUAGAAGGUUUGCAGCGUGUACAGUGUAUUUCUCUUGGCAUGGAAGUAUAACUAGAGAUAAAUCGGGAAGAAAGAAUGUGGGAAAGCGGAAUUUUCUUCUCUCAAUCUCCCUUUUUUCUCUGUUUUCAUGUGAUGCCACGUGAUAUUUAUUUGAUGAUCACGUGUUAUUUUCUCACUGAGGAAAUUGUGAUCAUUCGUUGAGAAUUUGAUUUUUUUUAAGAAAAAAUUGUUUUUUUUU